CGCCAGAAUCAAGUUCAGUCGCGCCGCAAACGCGUUGCGGAAAUGUUUUGUUGUGAGCAUCGUCGGCAACAGCAGCCUCCUGUACGCAGCUACGCGCGCUGCUCCUUGCUCAGCCUCUAAGCAAAAGUAAACAACAAACGCACCAAAAAAAAAAAACAAAAAUCAAAACAAGAAAAGAACGAUAAAAAAUCUAAAGAAAGAAGGAUUUUUUUGCGAAACUUCCAGCCUCGCUCUCUGAUCUUGGUUUGCGCUGACGUCAUGAGUCGUCGGGCGGUGACGCUGACAUCGCUGCUGCUGGCGCUGCUGCUCAGCCAGCGAUUGACGCCGAGCUUCGGCUCCGCGGUGCUCAUAUCGGACAUGACGAUGACCAUGAUGGUGGAGCUGUCAUCGCGGCAUCCCUUCUGCAAGAUGCACACGGAUCGGGGCGACAUCCAGCGGAUGCUGCUACAGUCGGAUCCGCGACGCAUACGCCAGGUGCCGCGCGAGUCGGUCGUGGAGCUGGAGGAGGUCUGCCGCCGGCAGGGAUCGUACGGGCACGAGUUUCGCGGCGGCCUGGGCUUCAUCUAUCCGGGCACCAAGUGGUGCGGCCCAGGCACCGCCGCCACCAGCUACGACGACCUGGGCCCGCAUGUGAGGGAGGAUCGCUGCUGUCGCGAGCACGACAUGUGCCCCGAUGUGCUCAACGUGGGCGACUGCCGGCGCGGCCUCUGCAACCGGGGCACCUUCACGCGCUCCCAUUGCGAUUGCGAUGCGCGGUUCAGGCGCUGCCUGCAGGCGGCCAACACGGAGACGGCCAACACGCUGGGCGCGAUCUUCUACAAUGUGGUGCAGGUGACCUGCUUCCAGGAGCGCAGCCCGUGCUCGGCACACCAAAGAGCCGGCUACAAUCAGACGGAGCAGGAUACCAUCUGCGCCCAGUGGCAGUAUCAGCCCUCGGAGAAGUAUGUUCCCAGCCAGCCGCGCACCUCCUAGAUGAUGAUGAUGAUGAUCAUAAUGAUGAUGAUGAUGAUGAUGAUGAUAAUGAUGAUGAUGAUAUUCUGCAACAAUCAAAUACAAAUAGUAUAGCCCACCCUUUACCGCCCCACAGCCCUCAUAGAUCAAUCACAGUUCCGCCGUUGAGCCUGAUGCCUGGAACAGAAACCGGUGCCAAAAUGUGCAGCAGCUGCGCAGAGACAAACAUAUAUUUUUUCAUAACUAUUAUAAACAUACAAAGGCAAUGCAUUCCAUAUAUAUUUACAAUACAUAGAUAUAUAUACAUAUAUAUAUAUAUAUAUACCAUGAUCUGAGUGCGAAUAAAAGUUCAAGCUUGCUUAUGAAAAAUGAGCAUAUUUUAAA